UCUGAAAUGAAUCAUUUAUUACAAGGCUCAGAACUUUCUGAGUAGUUCUUGACCCAACCGAAGUCUCAUAUAUUGCUUAAUGAAACUAUUCUUGCUACAAAUAAUACUAGGAAAGACAGAGAUAGCCCUUUAGAUGUAUUUAUUAAUAGCAAGAAGAGAAAGCUGAUCAGUGCUUCUACUGCAAGCAUACAGUGAGCAAAGUUUAGCGAGUCCAAAGAUCUGUUACAAUUGAUUCCAUUUGACAAAAAUAAGCGGAGGACGUGGAAAUGAAAUACUAGCUUACUGAGGAAUGUGAGAACAUUAAUUCCUCUAAUCCCUCUAUACAACUUUGAGUAUUCUUAAGUAUACAAAAAGCUAUUACUGAAAAUAUAAAAUCCUGAUUUUAAUCAAAUAGCGAGAUGUAAGAGUCCUUUAAUAUUAAAUUUAAAAUUCCCUUUUUAGAGAAAUAAAUACAAGCCCCAAUGACACCAAUUGUGCUGAACACAACUACUGCUUUGAAAAGACUGAUUAGUCUGGCGGCUUUCCUUUCCUAUGAUGCGAUCUGUCUUACUUGGUCUCAAUACCUAGCUGAGGACACAUUCCUGCCAAGUACUAUGCUGCUGAGGAUUAUAGUUUGCAUCAUCUGGGAUAAGAUCCACAUUAGCGUGCAUUUUAAAUAG